GUUGCAACUCAUGUCAGCUUGUAGCCGAAUAAUGAAGCUUUUUCAUUAAACAGAUAAAGUAUUAAAACUUACAUAGACAGAUAAAAACAUAUCUAAGACCACCAUAAGUAAAAGUACAGAACCCACACGAUAAGUUUAUAAAAACCAACAGACAACACUUUAUAAAAACCAACAGACAACACGUUACUGUAACGAUCGAUUACGGCAGUAACGUAUCAGGCCGAUGACACCGUCGACUAGAGGUAAAGUACCCUCGAAACCCGGAGUACCGGAUGGUGGAGUCUUCUUACCUGGACCUGAUGGUUUGCCAUGUCUUGGUAGACCUGUAACUGUAGGCGGUGGAGGUGGUGGAGCCAUUGGGGCCGUAGCCACCACCGGUGUGGUGUUGUUCACGUCUCCGUGGACGAACGCCACAACCGGACCCUCCGAUGCGGUAGAGACGGCGAGGCUGCUAAUGCUAAGGAGGAAGAGAAGUACGAAGGGAAACAUGGUGGAAAUGAGGAGUAAAGAUGAGAGACGUGAGGAACACUCAUAUAAAUAGAGCGAAGCAAGCAAUUGAACAAGGUCUGUACAAAUAUUUUCAGAGCAAAUAUUUAUUCAUAUCUGACCUUUUCCAUAAGAGUGCCUGAUGCGCCCAGUCCAAACAGCGCUCAGAUGAUGACGCAAAUAAACAAAAAUGUAUGAGAGAUGUUAAACGAAGAUGAAUAGAACCCUCGGGAUUAAAACAUUAUUAAUUUUACUUGUAAUAAUUACGCUAUAGUAGCAGUAGGCAUAGGUUUUCCAGCCUUUUAAUGAUUUAUAUCUUUAAAUAUUUAGUUUACUUAUAAUAUAAUACUAAAAAUAAUAUUAUAGUUUUUUUUUGU